CCCUCCCUCCCUCCUGCUCCCUGCAGUCUGCAGCAAAUCCAGUCCGAGUGCAGCAGCAGCAGCCGACUGCAGUCUCCACCUCUCCUCCCUGCACUGGACGCGCCACACUGGGACCAUGGCUCUGCUCCUGACUGUGCUGUUGUCCACCAUGCUGGCGUCCUCACACGCAAGUGUCGGUCCGAGCACCAACAGCAGCUUCUGCACCGAGUCCAAGGAGUGUCUGGAGUACCAGCUGGUCUGCAGGACGGACGAGUACGAGGUGCGACACUACAGCCCGACCCGCUGGGUCUCCACGGAUGCCGAGGCCUACUUCAUGGGCGUGGGAGCCGCGAUGGCCUUCAGGAGGCUCUUCCAGUACAUCACUGGAGCCAACGACGCAGGCGCGCAGAUGGAGAUGACAGCGCCCGUCCUGGUCAAGAUCCCUGAGGAGACGAAGAUGUGGGAGCCGGCUAUUUACACGCUCAACUUCCCGCUGCCGGCCGCCUACCAGGACAAGCACCCGGCCCCCACCAACGACAAGCUGUACUUCACCGAGAUGCCAGAGAUGGACGUGUACGUGAGGAGCUACGGCGGCUGGAUGUUGUCGGUCACCUCCAGACUUCACGCUCACAUGCUGACCAAGGAGCUGCAGAGAGUGGACGCGCCGUACAACCGCAGCUACCACUACGGCGUCGGCUACGACAGUCCCCUGAAGCUUCUCAACCGGCACAACGAGGUGUGGUACAUCGCCGAGGGGGAGCCGGUGUGCAGUGACCCCCAGGAGCCGACGCCAUCUCACACGCUCAGCCCCCUUCUGGCCCGCGCACCCAGAGCCCCGCUUCCGUCUGACCCCCUGCCCCUGACUCUGUCCCACCCCGUCACGCUCGACAACGCCUCCUCCGUGUCCAACAUGACGGACGCCGCCGCCCAGCCCACCACCCCCCUCCCCACGCACCAGCCUGCCGAGUCGGCAUCACCGACCGCGCAGGUGGUGGAGGACGGCACGUCAAACUGCGUCAUUGUUGAGUCGGUGGAGCCCGAAAGGGACGUGAUGCAGUGGGACAGCACCGCCACCGUCUCCGUGACCACGCAGGCCGACAGCAACUCCACCGCGGUGCCGGACGCCUCUCACUAGCUGCAGCUACGCUAAAACGUGACUGCUCACGUCGCUUGUCUCCGGUACGUUUUCAUCACAAGUUAGCACGAAUUCUCAAAACCGAAUUGGAUUUUUGUAGCCCACUAAACCCCCAAAUGGAGGUGAGGGUUCGAAGCUUGGACUCCGGUUCGGUGAGUUCAAAUUUGGCCCCAACCCAGUCAGUCAGAGUCACGGUAGCCUUUCACUAAUGUCAGUUGUGUUCUGUCACCGUUGGACCAGGACCAGACACUUCAGCCGCACCUCAUGUGGCGCCAAAGGCAGGCACUCCAGUUCCCCCCUCGGUCCACAAACACACACAGGUCCUCGCUCUAAAUUACCGGCAGAUGCUUCCACGUCUAUCUGUUGAACUCGCCCCAGGUGUCUCCAGCCUCUCACCCCAAGUAGCCGGGAUAGACCCUCCGUCCCCCAAAACAAGUCUGUCAUUCGUGCACCAGUGAUGACAACGUACCCCUGUUGUGUUCCUGUUCGUCACUUAUACGUCGAAAGUACGACGAUGCAUAGCUGUUCUUGUUCGCAGCAUCACGCUCCAGCGGUCAUCUGGCGGCCCUUCAGGAUUUUGCGUACCAUUUUCUCGUCCAUGAAGACCGAUCUAGCUUUUCAGAAGAACAGCGAGGACGUGGACCGAAAAACGUUAGUCAGAAGGUUUAGGGUCGGAUGGACGCUCCCUAUGUAAUCGCCGGCUGUAAAUUUCACAAAUCCUGGAGGGACUGAACUCAUCGCUUGUAUUUAUCACGACUGUUCUUCAAACUGUCUCAUAGAACCGCUCAACGCUGAAACCCGUGUUCUUGAGGUGGGAACCAUAGCUACAACAGUCAGAAUCUUAUCGAUUCUCGUAAUCGAGGUGUGUAUUUCCUGACAUUUGCUCCCUUCGUGUUGCGCGUCACCGACAUUAGUACGAACUAAAGGUUGGAAAAUUCUGAACGAUUGAAACUUUGAGCUUUCAUCACGAUGGCGGCCGUUGCUUUCAUGCAGUAUUUCCUCCGUUUCUUCUGCAUCACAAAAUAGAACCACGCAAUAAUCUCACAUGUAAUCGCUCGCCUGUCUCUGUGUUCCGAGGAAGAUGCAAUAAACACAGUCAAAGUCCA